UUUAAGCAUUGAGAUAAUUGAGACAUGGAUUGUGUAUCAUUCAGAGGGUAAAUAGUCAAGACAAAAUCUUUAAGUGCCUUUGAACGGGGUAUGGUAGUAGGUGCCAGGCUGCCCGGUUUGUGUCAAGAACUGCAACGAUGCUGGGUUUUUCACGAUCAACCGUUUCCCGCGUGUAUUAACAGUGGCGUAAUUAACGUCCAGUCAACUUGACACAACUGUUGGAAGUAUUAGAGACAACAUGGGCCAGCAUCCCUGUGGAACGCUUUCGACACCUUGUAGAGUCCAUGUCCCGACGAGGCUGUUCUGAGGGCAAAAAAGGGGGUGCACAACUCAUUAUUAGGAAGGUGUUCCUAAUGAUUUGUAGCCGCGGGCGCGGUUAUUAUCACCUUGAAAGAACGCGCGGACAGGACCAACCUCUAAUGACAUCACUCACUUCUCUCCUCCCGCUGAUCGACUUGAGGUUUCAGCAGGUUUCUGGUUACCGGCUGCGGACGGCAAUAUCUCACACCAUUCAUUCUCAGGCACCGACACACCAGAGAGAAGUUACCCGGGCAGAGUGAGCCUUUAGCGACAUGAUGGCAGAGGAGAGCCGGGGGAAACGACGGAAACAAGCGAACCCGAGAAGGAAUCAAGUGGACAUCGAAUGGGUCAGUUCUCUGGGCUCGGAGGGGGAGGAUGGUGAUGAGGUGGGUCUGUGGAGCCCGGAACCCCAGGACUACCAGGGCAGCCUGGACAAGACCAGUCUGACCCCCAGCGAGGGUGAGGGAGACGGGGAAGGGACCGAGCCAGGAGGUACCCCCAGCCCCAGGGGCCAGUCAAUCGAGCCCCAAAGCCCCAUCCCCAGGGAGGGCCACUGGGCAGAGGGGAAAGAGGAGGUACCUGAGAGUGGGAUAACUAUGGACAGGAAGCAGGAAUCUCUCAUGACCUACACAGGUCAGAGGUCAGACAGCAGGGCCUUGGAGGACUUGGCCCACUAUGACUUCCUGGUUCAGUUGAGAAAGGCAUCCUCCCACCAACCUGCCUCACACCACUACCACCUGCCCCCCAACGGCAGAAGCCCUGCCCCAGCCAUGUACCACACUGGCAGUCUACGCCUCCAUGAUGACCUCCCUCCCGUCUGGUCUGUUGGGGCUCGGCGCUCAUCUGAAAGACCAGACGGCGUCCCUUUAAAUCUACAGGCUUGCCCGUUCUGCCAGCAUACUUUCCACCGCGGAGAGUCCCUACGCGAGCACAUCAGGUUUUGCCACGAGCGGGACGGGGGACACUAUAGAGCUCAGAUGGAACGACACAUGGGACUGCACAGUCAGCACAUUGACCAUGGUGCGGAGAGCAGGAAGUUCAAGUGUUUUCAGUGCGGGAAAUCCUUCAAGUACAAACACCACCUCAAAGAGCACCUCCGCAUCCACAGUGGUGAGAAACCGUAUGAAUGUUCCAACUGCAAGAAGCGCUUCUCUCACUCUGGCUCCUACAGCUCACACCUCAGCAGUAAGAAGUGCUUGACAGGAGGAGGAGGAGGAGGAGGAGGAGGAGGAGGAGGAGGAGGAGGAGGAGUAGGAGGAGGAGGGGGACGUAGAGGUGGAGGGGAGAGCUAUAACAACAGACAUAGCCAGGGGACCUACCAGUCCUCUCCUGCAUCACCCUCAGCAGGAAGCAGUAGGAACAGCAGUGGAAAGGGCUCUCCCUCCCUUCCUCACACCCAGAAGCGUCAGUCACCAAUGGGCUUAGAGAGGGAGCUGUACUCCCCUGGGGACCAAAGCAGGGGGGUCCUCCAGGGCCGGGAGCUAGGCAGGCUGUGGGACCCCCCAGCGGAGUUCUCCCUCCGGGACAACGUGUUCAAGGGCACCAACCUGCUGCCGUACCUCCAUACCAGCGCCGGGGGCAAGUUUGAGCAGAUGCUGCAGGAGAUGUUUGACAGGGAGGAGGGAGAUGUAGGCUCACCCAGGGAGGAGGGAGAUGUAGGCUCACCCAGGGAGGAGGGAGAUGUAGGCUCACCCAGGGAGGAGGGGAGACUGGAGAUUCACAACGGAGGGCGAGACAGGAAGGCAGAUGAUCCAAAGCAGCUGAAACGCAACCGAACCGGCUCGGGUGAAGGGUACAGGGGUGGAGGUGGGGUGACAUGCCACUGGUGCUCCCAGCUCUUCCCCAGCCCUGCCGUGUUACUGCAGCAUGAGCGCUACCUCUGUAAGGUGAACCGGCAGGCCAUGGAGGUGCCUGAAGGUCCUCGCAGCAAAGACCACCUCUCUCCCCUCUACUUCUCCUCCAGAACCCCUCUCCAGCCUCCCCCACCAGACAACAUCAAUAAAACCACAGCGAUGGUUAACGGUUUCUCCAAAGAUAAGUCUCCUCUCCAGGGACCCUACUGGCACUCUGUCCCUCAGGAGCUGCUAGUCGCCAUGCACUCCCCCCUACAGCCCCACCCAGACUCACUAUCCAUGAGAUCCUAUUGGUCUAGCCAGGAGAGUGGCAGGAGUGGCGGCAGCCCCGGCCAACCAGCACCAACUAGCCCUGCUACAGACAUGUCCUCACUGCAACCAAUAGGACCAUUACCCUCUUCAGAGAUCGACUCGCCCCUCUGCCUGGACCUUUCCUCCACCACUCUCACCCCUCAUUGGAGUCGAACCAUCCCCCAAGGAAGGACCGGCGGGUCGGUUAGCUCCCAGAAUGACCAACCCCUGGAUCUCUCCCUCCCCAAGCCCCAGGAGGGGAAAGUCCUGGAGGACAGCAUGCCCAGUAAUGGACACCCUCGUCUGGGAGAAAAGAGAGAGAAGACCGACAGAGAGCCAGCAGAGAACCAGCAGCUCCACCGGAGGCUGAGUCUCAGUCUACCUUGGCAACAGGUGUGGGACAGGAGGGGUAUUAUUUAUGUCUGGCUGUGUGCUGUUUGUUUUCUACUGUGUUUCUAUACAGUGCAUGUAUGUCAUCAAGGUGUCUACAGUGGCGUUCCGAUGUUUGAGGGCUCCGUCUACAGUGCAUACCCUCUGUUUAACCCCAUGAUGCCUGCUGGGCUAGCUGGCUCAGGACAUGACGUGGUCCCCUCACUGCCCCUCAGUCACCGGUUUCUCUCCCCUAUGGUCUACAUGAUGGAGUCGGACACAGAUGCCGUGCUGAAGAGGAUCCGUCAGGAGAGACAAGCCAUCAUGGGUGAGGUGAUGGAUUGCGGGGGUCUGGACUACCCCUCUCUGAUGGAGGAAGGAGCAGAGGGAGAAGGGGGACCAGGGAGGAAGAGACUGAAGAAGACAGACGACGGCCUGUACGCCUGCGACAUCUGUGACAAGACCUUCCAGAAAAGCAGCUCUCUGCUCCGACACAAGUAUGAGCACACAGGUAAACGUCCCCACGAGUGUCAGAUCUGCAGGAAGGCCUUCAAGCAUAAGCACCAUCUGAUGGAGCACAGUCGCCUGCACUCUGGAGAGAAGCCCUAUGAGUGUGAUAAGUGUGGCAAGAGGUUCUCCCACUCUGGCUCAUACUCCCAACACAUGAACCAUCGAUAUGCCUACUGUAGCAGGGACCAGGAACAGGAAGGGGUCGAGGAGCCUCCUCUUACCCCAGGAGGGUCCACCGAUCUGGGCCAUGUUUCCGGGGGCACCCCCCUCUCCAUGGAGUACACCUCAAUGUUUCUCAGUGAUGCCAGUCUGGACGGGGGGAUAGGAGGGAGAGCACAUGAAGAGGAGGAGGAAGAGGAGGAGGAAGAGGAGGACGAGACAGACAAAACUAAAGGUGGCCAUAUGAAGGAAGCUUGUACUUUAUCAGGGUCAGGGUCUGGUGAAGAGUUAGGGUUGGAGCUGUGCUCUAGCCCUGUGGGGAAUGAGAGAGACAGACAGCAUGUCCACAGAGACAAUGGAGAAGGAGAGAAUUCUGGUCUACAGACUUACAGACUUGUAAACAACAAUCACUGGGACAGAGAUGCGUUGGAACAAAAUGGAGACCAGAACACAGACACAUACGAGUUGAGCCCAGAAGCUCCACUGUCACAAUGACAACAGCGGACAAGUAUGCCAAAACCAAUGCAUCUAGCAACAAACAUUUAACAUUUUAGUCAUUUACUAGACACUCUUAUCCAGAGCAACUUACAGUUAGUGUAUUAAUCUUCAGAUCAUAUCGAGUACAUUUUCCCCUCAAUAAAGUAGCUAUCAGCAAAGUCACUGCUAAUGGGGAAAAGAGAAGUGCCUUUUUUUUGGU